UGGCCAGUUGUGAUCGGCCAGCCAGCACCAUGUCGGCCAUCAGCACGUGGUACGACCACCUCGUGGGCACGCAGCUCUCGAGCGGCGGCGUCGCCGGCGUCCUCGCGGCCUUUGUCAAGAACGUCAGCUACAAGCUCAAGCUACCGGACGCGUCGACGGUCGUCGUUUCGGCCGAGCACGCGAUCCGAGCCAAGCGCAUGCAGCUGGACGGCAUGCAUAUCACAUUCGAUCAAGGCCAAACGGGCAAGAUCUGCUCCACCGACGGCGUGAGCCUCUACAGCGCCGACUACAAAGAGAGCGGGCUCGUCAAGAUCAAGUGGACGCACGACGCGCCGACGACGCGCACGUCGCACGUCGAGCUGCUCGUCGUCCUCGAGAAAGUACCCGACCUCCUUCUUGGCGUCCAGUUCUACAAGACGUACGACAACGACGAGCUGUACCUUGUGACGGUCGCGUCGUCCACGAUCGAGGACGGCGAGAAGGUCUACCGCCUCAACUUUGAGGACGGCGACUACGACUACAUGAAGAAACUCGACUUGCUCCUCGAACUCGCACCGGCGAUGCCCACCGAGCGCACCGUACGCCUCGAGGACCUGGCCAUCUACUCGGCGGAAGCUGUCACCGCGCACCAAGCGCCGUCCAUCGCGCCAGACGCAGUGACCAACGUCAAGUUCUGGGGCCGCUCGAUCUACGUUGCGCUCGGGCAGAAGGGCACGAACGUGAUUGUAAAUGACCUCCUCAACACGGACGACGGCCAGCCGGGCGAGGCCAAGGCAACAAAAGCCAUCGCCAAGCUCGACAUCCUGGUCGCCAUCAACGGCGUGCCCAUCCGCGGGCGACCUGUCGAGGAGGUCGCGCGCAUGAUCAACGCGUGCACUCGACCACUCACGCUUUCGUUCCGGAAGCCCAAGUCCAAGAAGGCCGCCGCUACCGAGGCGCCACCGACGAACCUCGCACAAAACGCAGCGCGCCUCCCGACGCUCAAGGUACCGAUACAAGCCAAGGCCGCGGCACCGAAACCGAUCCCGCCUGCCAAGCCGACACCCGAGCCAACCGUCGAGGCCGUCACGCAGCUACCGUUGACGACAACUGCUGUCGCAGCGUCGGUCGUGCCGCCGUCCGCAGCCAAGCCAACGACACCGACACCGCCUGUCAAGCCAACAGCAACGACUGUCAAGCCAACGACACCGACACCGACUGUCACGCCAGCAACAACGACGGUCAAGCCAACGACACCAACGCCGACACCGCCUGUCAAGCCAACAGCAACGACUGUCAAGCCAACGACAUCGGCACCGGCUGUCACGCCAACAACAACGACGGUCAAGCCGACGGCGGCGCCUAUCAAUCCACCUCCUCCUCCCCCGGCGACGACUGCGUCAGCACCGAUUGCGCGCCACGAACCGCUUAGCUCGUCAGUCAUUGCGGCUGUCGUCGAUUCGGACGGGACGGGAGACCAAAGCGCCGAGGCCGACGACGUGUCGUCGUACGAAACGAUUUCAGAGGUGUCGUCGGACGACGAUUCCGACGAGGAAGAACGACCGCCAACGACAACACCAAGUCAGUGCGCCACCGCUGCGUCGCCGUCUCCACCUACCGCCACCCCAACGCCCAACGCGACGAAGGAAGAGAAAGCGGUGUCCCGUGACACGUCGGGCGCGGACGAGCCGUCCAUCAAGGCCGAGAAAUCACCGUCACCGUCGAGCGCGACAAAGAAGCGUCCGGCCACCGACACCGUGUCUGGCAAGGCCAUUGUGGAGCAGCCCAGUGGCCCCAAGAAACUCAAGCUGUCAGCGGACACCCGACUGGUCGCGACCGAGAGUCCGAGCACGAAGAAGCUGCCGCUAACGUCCAAGCCUCGUGACGCGCCGUCGUCGUCAUCCGAGGCGAGCCCAAAGGAGACGGAUUUGAUCGGCAGCCGCGCGCGCCGGCCGCGGCGUAUUCACGUGCUCGUGCACAAGGCGUCACUGCAGCUCUCGCUCGCCAACAUUGAGCCCAACCAGUUUCCGAUCGGCGAGGUCGAAACCGACGGCCGCGUCCAAAUUGGCGCGCAGCUCGUCACGGUGAAUGGGCAGUCGACGCAGGCGCUGUCGACAAGCCAAGUGGCCAGUCUGAUCAAGCACGCGCCGCGGCCCGUGAACGUGAGCUUUCUCAACGCCAACGUCGACACGGAAAAGUCUUAAGUCGCCGUUGUUAUAUAAGCUGCUGCAG